GGCAAUAACUCAUCAUAAUUCAUCAUCAACAGAUUUGUUUAACAUGAGUGUCACUCAGAUGGGUUCAGAAAUUUUGAAGCAUAUCAAAAAAACUAGAUACACAAAUGGCGUAAGUGGUGAAAUUCAUUUGGUGAAUGGUGAGUUACAAUCUUCCAGUUUUGAGAAAGUUAAUGUGAAAGAGAAAAUCCAGAAAAUUGGGUAUUGGAAUCCAAAGGAUGGUCUCUUUUGGAGUCUGAGUUCAAUUGACACAGUUGGAAAAAACUUUCAUGUUGUUCAACAGGCCAGAUCAGUACUAGAUACUACUUCCAGUGACAAAGUAUUGAAAAUUGGAGUUCCUGUUAAGACAACAUUUCCUGAAUUCAUCAACAUCAGUCGCAGCUCCAAUGAUAAGAAGCAAAUUGUGACUGGUUUUUCAUAUGAGGUCUUUGAAAAUGUUAUGAAAAGCAUAAAAUAUACAGGCUCUUAUGAAUUUUUUCCAUAUGAGAAUGAGAAUGGUGAUCCUAAAGGAGAUUACAAUGAACUUAUACAACAAGUAUAUCACAAGGUAUAUGAUGCAGUUAUUGGAGAUAUAACAAUCUUAGCAAAUAGAUCAAAAUAUGUAAGCUUCACUCAACCAUAUACGGUCUCUGGGGUUCGCAUGGUUGUGCCUAUAAAGGAAGAUGAUGACACUGGGAGUUUAUAGUGGUUCAUGAAGCCAUUAACAACAGAACUAUGGUUGACCACAAUUUCAAUAAUUGUUUUAAAGGGGUUUCUGGUUUGGAUCUUUGAGCAUGGGAAAAACCCUGAAUUCCAAGGCACAACUUCAGAGCUGGUGGGGAAGAUCUUGUCAUAUUCAUUUUCUAUAUAUGUUUUUUCAAAUCAGGAGAAGCUCCAGAGCAACUAUUCUAGAUUCAUUGUGAGCCUGUGGACUUUUGCUGUGUUCAUACUUGUGAGCAGUUAUACAGCAAAUUUAACUUCUAUUUUAACUGUUGAGAAAUUACAACCAAUUGUAAAAAAUUUGGACACUCUUUAUAGAGAUAGAAAGUAUGUUGGAUACCAAGAUGGAUCUUUUGUGUUUGAUCUUCUAAAGAGCAGGGGAUUUGAAGAAUCAAGGCUCAGGAGGCUUUUUACACUAGAAGAAUAUGCAUAUGCUCUAGCAAAUGGAAGUGCUUCUGCAAUUGUCGAUGAGAUCCCAUACAUUAAUAUCUUCCUUUCUAAGUAUUGUCGCCAAUUCACUAUUGCUGGACCAACAUACAGAACAGGAGGCUUUGGCUUUGUGUUUGCAAAAGAUUUUCCCAUGCUAGAGAACAUUUCUAAUGCCGUCCUUAACUUUAGUGAAGGAGACCAUAUGAAUAAGAUUGAGAACAAAUGGUUUGGGAAUGAAGCAUGUGUUGAGCCUCUUGCAUCUAAUGUAACAUCAAGUAGACUACAUCUUCAUAGCUUUCGUAGCAUCUACAUCAUUGUUGGAGUAACUUCAAUCCUAGCCCUCACCUUAUUCUUUUUCUCCUUUAUAUAUAAAAGUAUAAUAGAAAUGAGGAAAACAUCUGGACAAGUAGUUUUAUCAGCAAAUAACAAAUAA